AUGUCUAAUGCAAUGGCCAGUGAUUCUUCCCGUCGUCGCCGUAUAGGCAGACCCUACGGCAGUAAGGAUUCAUAUGCGCCACGCAUCAAGAGAGGACUAAAAUCUACAUCUGACCCCAAGCCUCUAUCGGGUGAAGAGAUCUGGAUGAAGCUUGACAAGAAAGCACCUCCUCCAGAUCCUCGCAUGACCCUCGCAAGAGACAUCGAGAUCAUCACGACGCAGUGGCCAUGGAAGUGGACAUCUAGAGCGUUCGAGCCUGAGAGGUGGACUGUCGCCAUGAGGAGGGACCUGCGGGAUCUGAUCAGGGGGUACCAGGGCAGAGGUGAUUUGAGUAAUGCCCUCAAGCAUUUUGGUCUCGAAACCAGGAAAGAAAAGAAGCAACAGCAAGUGUCUGUUCCCUGCGAGAAUACCGCCGCGACGCCAGUCGUGGUUUGA